GCAGGAUGGCUCACAAGCAGAUUUAUUACUUGGACAAGUACUUCGAUGAGCACUACGAGUACCGGCAUGUCAUGUUACCCAGAGAACUCUCCAAACAAGUACCCAAAACCCACCUGAUGUCUGAAGAGGAAUGGAGGCGACUUGGUGUGCAGCAGAGUCUGGGAUGGGUUCACUACAUGAUUCAUGAGCCAGAGCCACAUAUUCUUCUCCUUAGAUGACCUCUUCCAAAAAGAGCAACAGAAAUGAA